UGUUGCGUUGUUAGUUUUUGUGGAGGCGCAAAAAAUUAUUUAUAAUGGUAUCGAAAGAAGUUUGAAUUAUAUUAAUAACAAAAAGGAUGUGGUUAAUAUUGAUUGUGUUUUGGGGGUUGUUUUUGCCAAAGUUUUUUUGAAAGAUUUGAUUCGAAAUAAGAAUGAUGAUUAUUUAAUUGAUCUCAUAAACAAAAUGGAUCAUAUAAUUGUUACUACCAAGACUAGAUUUAUGCUAGACAACUCCACCAAUUUAAUGGCCAAGAAUAUUCUGGAUGAUAAUGUAUGGAUGAAAUCUAUAAUUUUUCAAAAGCUUAAAAAAAACAACGUUAAAAUAAGGGAAAAUACUGACCCUGUAAAGUUUUCAACAGAUUUCUGCUUUGAAAAUAUAAUCCACCAAACAGACAUUAAACAAGAUUUAUAUUUCUGCAACUUGAACAAAAACUGCAGUAAUUAUUUUAAUAAUGUUGAAUCUGGGGUAGAUUAUUCUCUUACACACAAAUUGUUGCUAUUACAAUUUUUAAAAGGUAGAAAGUGUUUAAUUAACCAAUCUAUUUACAAAGACAAAACACAAAAUCUUUGCAAUAGAAUUUACAACGAAAUAGAAGCAGCAGAUCACGCAAAUAAGUUACAUCAAUUGUUCGAUUUAUUUUUGGAACAAAUUGUCGUUUGUGGCUAUGAAGGUUACCAAGAUUUCUUAAAAAGAAAAUACUUGAAUUUUAUUUUAAAAAUGCAAAAUAAUUCCGGUUGUUUUAAUGCAUUUCCUGGUUCGAAAAGAAAAAGGAACAUACAAUAUUUAGAAGACGGUUGUGCGGAUCAUACAACAGGACUUGGAGCAGCUGUGUUAAGUCUCUACUAUAAUUUUGCACUGAAACAAUUCAAAUACUGA